AUGGUUCAGCUAGCCAUGGUCACCCGUGUUUCACCUGGUCACUGUGUGUAUGAGUUCAAGGCCAAGAACAUCAAGAAGAAAAAAGUAAGCAUCAUCGUGUCUGUGGACGGAGUCAAGGUGGUCCUCCGGAAGAAACAGAAGAGGAAAGAGUGGACCUGGGACGAGAGCAAGAUGCUGAUCAUGUCUGACCCCAUAUACAGGAUCUUCUACGUGUCCCAUGACUCCCAGGACCUGAAGAUCUUCAGCUACAUCGCCAGAGAUGGCUCCAACAACUCUUUCAGGUGUAACGUCUUCAAAUCCAAGAAGAAGACCCAGGCCAUGCGUAUAGUGCGUACGGUGGGCCAGGCGUUUGAGGUGUGUCAUAAGCUUAGUCUGCAGCACGCCCAUCAGGGUAUAGAUGGACAGGCAGAUGGAGAGAGUGACAAGUCCACAGAGGACACCCCCGCUGAGGGUCGUCAGUUGACAGGGGCGGAGGAGGAGGAGGAGGAGGGGUGUGGAGAGGAAGGGGAGCCCCAGGCACAGUCCCAGUCUGUGUGUGAGCAGGCGGUCAACGAGAUCCUCCAGAGUCUGGCCCAACUUAACGUGGUCCAGCCUGGACACACCAUCAUGGACUAUGAGAGCCGCUCCAGCUACAUGGUGUCUCCGAAUGGCGUGGUUUCUCCCAGCAGCCCCUGCUCUCCAUUUCUCACCCCGCUGGCGGCGCAUCACUACCUCCAGCUUCUCCAACAGCAGAUCCAGCAGCAGCAGCAACACACACAGGUGGCCGUCGCACAGGUGCAGCUCCUGAAGGAUCAGAUGUCAGCGAAGACCUUAGAGGCCGGCUCGUGUCCACCAGCUGCUACUACAGAACAGAGACUCUCGCCAAUGUCCUGCUGGUCAACUCAGAAACACUGGAGAGCAAGGCCCGGGACAGGGACGCGGGGGAGAGACACACAGCUGGACUGA